AAAACAAUUUGUCAGUUGUCAAAAAACAGAUUUUAAAAUUUAAAUAAUUCAAUUUAGAAAUUUAUAAAGGAAAGAAUGGAAUAUGAUAAAAGAAUAAAAUUAAACGCUUUCCAAGGUUGGACAACCUACAAAGAUGAUUAUCGAAAAUUCUCCUUGAGCCUAUUAGGACCGCCUGAAGAUUCUGUAAAGUAUCAAAAAAUAACUCCCGAACAUAAACCUUUACCGCCUUGCGUAAAAUUUCAAAAUGAAGAUCACGAAACGUUCGUUAAAUUUAAUAGUUAUGUCCCCAUGGAUCUGUUAUGGGAACCUAGACCGAUCGUUCAAACGAAUCCAAGAAUUAUUCCCCCAAAGUUUAAAAAAAGCGAAUUCGAUCCCGGUAGAUUAGAAGCGAUUAAAACUCGCCCGAGACUUUUUGUAUCCCCAGCGAUUCCUUUAGACGAUGUAGCCGAAGGUGUAGUAAAAGAUUUAAUCCUAAAAAAUACGUACACAACAACGUUAAGGAUGGCCCAAGAGGAAGUUAUGAAAUUCACAAGACCGAUAAAAAGAGAGACUUUUGAAACAUGUAUAGACCGAGGAGACCCUGUAGCUUGCAAAGUCGAUAAAUUCCCAUCGUUACCGCAAGAAUGGAGGUCUUUAAGUGCUGCUUGGGAUAAGAAACAAAAAAGAUCUUUGGUCGAUCCAACCCAACAGUUUUGGUUGAAUAGGCCACUCCACGAAGAUAUGUACGCUAAAAUGUCUAGUUUAGUCCCGCAAGAAGUUAAAGAUCACAUCAGCGAGUUAAUUGAUAAAGAAGAAAUUCGAUAUCCGCACGAUCAAACAAAACCGCUUUAUACGGGAUUAAGACCACGAUUAGCUUCUGGUGUACCCCUUGAAAAAACUAAUUUACCUAUUUAUCACCCGCUUGUUAGUUCCCAACAAGCUAUAGCUAAACGGUGGGAACAAAAAUAGUUUGUAAUAUUUUUAAAAAUUAUCAAUAUAUUAACAUAAACAGUGAA